UUUGCGGCAUUUUCGGGACAACAACAAACACUAUUACGCCAGCAUGAGCAAUUUUUGAGUGAUUUUGCGUAAAUUUUCAGUGAUAAAAAGUGAAAUUAGCUUAAAUUUGAACCAUGGACAGGACGGAACCGUUCCAGCAGCCGAACUUUCAAGAGCAGCAGCGAAAUGCAUUGAACUACCAAUUUUCGCCGGAAGAGCUGAAGGUGCUGCAGGAGUGCAACCGGGAGGCGUUCUUCCAACGGUCGCUCCCCCUGGGAACCGUGUUCGGGUUGGGAACGUACUACGCCGUCCAGCGGGGUCUUUUGAAGGUAGGAAUUCCGACGGGAGAAGUUAGUUUUUGAUGUUUUUUCUUUGAC